AUGGUUCAGCCCAGGGGGGUCUGCCCCGCUGCAGGUUACUGGCGAGCAGCUUCUGGUAUCAUAGACAGUCACAGAAUGCCUUAUUUCACAAGACUCAUUUUGUUCUUGUUUUGCCUGGCGGCUCUUGUGGAGAGCAGAAAGCCCAAGAGGAGGAGAUGGACAGGGCAGCUGGAACUGCCCAAGCCAAGUCACCUAUAUAAGAAGAACCUCGACGUGACCAAAAUCCACAAGGGAAAACCUCAGCCACUUCUUAGAGUGGAGGACCAUGAUUUCUCCAUGAGACCCGCCUUUGGAGGCCCUGCUAUCCCGGUGGGUGUGGACGUGCAGGUGGAGAGCCUGGAUAGCAUCUCGGAAGUGGACAUGGACUUCACCAUGACCCUGUACCUGCGGCAUUACUGGAAGGAUGAGAGGCUGGCUUUUCCCAGCACCAACAACAAGAGCAUGACCUUUGAUGGCCGGCUGGUAAAGAAGAUCUGGGUCCCCGAUGUCUUCUUUGUUCAUUCCAAAAGGUCAUUCACCCAUGACACCACCACUGACAACAUCAUGCUGAGAGUGUUUCCAGAUGGGCACGUGCUGUACAGCAUGAGGAUUACAGUCACUGCCAUGUGCAACAUGGACUUCAGCCACUUUCCCCUGGACUCCCAGACCUGUUCUUUGGAGCUGGAAAGCUAUGCAUAUACAGAUGAAGAUCUGAUGCUGUAUUGGAAGAAUGGGGAUGAAUCCCUGAAAACAGAUGAGAAGAUCUCCCUGUCUCAGUUUCUGAUUCAGAAAUUUCACACCACUUCCAGACUGGCCUUCUACAGCAGCACUGGCUGGUACAACCGUCUAUACAUUAACUUCACGUUGCGACGCCACAUCUUCUUCUUCUUGCUCCAAACCUAUUUCCCUGCCACCCUGAUGGUCAUGCUGUCCUGGGUGUCCUUUUGGAUCGACCGCAGAGCUGUGCCCGCCAGAGUUUCACUGGGUAUCACCACCGUGCUGACCAUGUCCACCAUCAUCACGGGCGUGAACGCCUCUAUGCCCCGCGUGUCCUACAUCAAGGCGGUGGACAUCUACCUCUGGGUCAGCUUUGUGUUCGUGUUCCUCUCGGUGCUGGAGUAUGCAGCUGUCAACUACCUGACCACGGUGCAGGAGCGGAAGGAGCGGAAGCUCCGGGAAAAGUUCCCCUGCACGUGUGGAAUGCUUCCUUCAAGAACCAUGAUGCUGGAUGGAAGCUACACUGAGUCUGAGGCCAACAGCCUGGCUGGGUACCCACGAAGCCAUAUUCUGACAGAAGAAGAAAGACAAGACAAAAUAGUGGUCCAUCUGGCUGUGAGCAAUGAAUCCAACUCCUCUAGGAAGAAGGGGCUUCUGAAGGGCCAGAUGGGUCUUCGCAUCUUCCAGAACACCCAUGCCAUUGACAAGUACUCCAGGUUGAUAUUUCCUGCCUCCUACAUAUUUUUCAACUUAAUUUAUUGGUCAGUGUUUUCCUAG